UAUGAAAAUAAAAAUUAAGCAUAUAAUAAUCUGGAUAAGAAGAGGAAGCAAUAGUAACUUAUUUUAGAGAUAUUCUUUUGAAAAUCUAUCUUUUUUUUAAAUAAAAUUACAGCAGUUUCCAAAAAAAGCAUAUUAAACAAGACAGAAAAGGCCAAGAUCGGGUGUAAUUUUAUUAUGAAAACAAGUUUACCCAUUUACUAGACUAUGUAUUUGUCGUAGGAACCGCGUUAAGCUAUUAUAGCCGAAUCCACCAGGGCGCGCCACUCGUUCCUCCUUUUUGCUUUUUGGCGCCAACUGGAAACACUAAGUGAAGCCAGGUCACUUUCCACUUGGUCAAACGGAGUGGAGGUCGUCCUCUUCCGCGGCUUCCUCCAGUUUACAUCCAUUCGUACAAUAUGACCUAGACAUAAUGCCCAUUGUAAUAACCAAAAUCAUUUUAUAUGAACCGAUUUCACUCAUUUUCAUCACUAAGAUACAUUAUAACCAAAACUAUACGCUCACUUUCUUUAAAAUGUCUGAGAGAUUUACCGAUAUUUUCAGUAAAAAAUUAUCCAUUGGUACUGAGGUAUUCAUGUUCGAAAGAAAAAAUAAUCCACUAGCCGAGGGUCGAUUAUUGGAUAUUGUCGAUAAUAAGUGGCGCGAGGAGGUCUUGCCCUUUGAUCAGAUCCUUGUCCCUGCAGAUAAACUUCCAGAUCCAGAAGCCGAUGGUGGUGACUCACAUUUAACACUCAGCGAACAGGAACAAAAAUGGAAUGAUUUGGCCCUAAGUUCAUUGGCACCCGAAUCUUGUCUUAAUGAUCAAUUAAACAUAUCUUCUAUAUAAAUAACCAAACCAACUAAACAUAAUAACGCUCAAUUUAUGUCUGUAAAAUGAAUCAGCAUCUCCAUUCACCCACAAAGCUUACCGAAUUCGCGCGGAGUUUUGAAGAUGAAGAGACUGAAUCUAUACUGGGUCGUUUUGUCAACAAAAUACAACACGUAUACAA